AUGUCAUUAAAAAAGACACCUUUUUCAUUUUUAUCUGGAAUAAGUUCAAACAAAAAUAAUGAAAAUAGCAAAUGGGAAAAAACGAUAUUAAGUAGAAAAAAUUCAUAUGAACAUAUUAAAGAAUCAAAAGUGUCUGAAUUUGGAGAUUUUAAAAUAUUAAAUGUUUUAUUGAGAGGAUUAUCAAGUAUAGUAUGUUUAUGUGAAUGGACAAUUGAUCUUAGUAGAACAUUAUAUUUGAAUCAUUAUGUAAAUUACAUAAAUAAUAAUAUAUUAAAUGAAAAUAUACAAAUAAAGAUAAGAGAUACUACUAACACAGACAAUAUUAGUAUAAUGUCGAAUAAUAAAGAUACAAAUACCACUGUAGAAAUUAAAGAUAGAGAGAAAUUAGAAUACUGUGAUAUAUAUGAUAUAGAAAAAUCAAAAAAUAAAAAAGAAAUAAAAAAUGGAGAAUAUAAUUUAGAAAAAAUAAAUUUUAAAUAUAAUAAUAACAAAAUUAUCCAUUUAGUUCUUAAAUUAAAACAUAAAGGAUUAAAUUAUAAAAUAAGUGAAAUUGAACAAUUAAGAGAAGAAAUUGCAAUACAUAAAGAGUUAAAUCAUUUUAAUAUUUUACAAAUGAUAUUAUGCGGAGAAGAUGAAAAUGAUAUAUGGGUAUUUUUUGAAUAUUCUUCCAUUGGUGAUUUAUAUUCAUACGUUGGUUUUAAAACGCUAGAAGAAAAUGAAGUGAAAAUAAUUGUAUCUCAAAUUUUAUUUGCUCUUUAUUAUCUUCAUAUGAAUGGUAUAAUACAUUGCGAUAUAAAACUUCAAAAUAUAUUACUCUUUCCUUUAGAACCAUCUUUAUUUGAAAGGAAUGAUUUAUCAAAUACUCUGAAAAUGAACAAUUCGAAAAAAAUCAAAUUAAAUAUUAAUAAAUUGCUUGAUUCAAUAAAUGAGAACAAUCAAUCUAAUAAAAAUAACAAUACAUUCAAAAGUAUUAUAAAAUUAUGUGAUUUUGGUUUAUCAGUUAAAUGUAAAUUUGAUGAAUUUUAUCCUUAUAGAGGCAUAAAAGGAAGUUCUGGUUUUAUUGCUCCAGAAUUAUUUCAAGAAUGUGAUUUUAAUAAUAAAAUCGAUAUGUGGGCAUUAGGUAUAAUUGUUUUUAUUCUUUUAGGAGGAUAUAGACCUUUUUAUCCAUAUUCAAGAUUUGAAGAAAAAGUAACUUUUCAUGAAAGAUAUUGGAUAAAUAUAUCACCAGAAGCUAAAAACUUUAUUCAAUCAUUAUUACAAAUAAAUCCAUCUAAAAGAUUGAAUGUAAUUGAGGCAAUGAAUCAUCCAUGGAUUAAAAGUUAUUUUAUAAUUACUUAA